AGGAAGCGGUGGGUGCCGCUGCCUGCAGGCCGAACGGCCUCUUCUGUGGCGACAAACAUCUCCUUCCAACAUAAAGCUUAACAAAGCCUUCCUACUCCCGCUUAUUUUUAACUUAAAACCCAUACCAAAAUCCUUUCUUCUUUGCUCUGCUUCUUCUUCUUCUUCUUCUUCUUUACAACAAGAAGCUCACCAUGUGUAACGGGGCUAUCCCCGGUUCUGCUGCACGAUGCCAAUGCGACCACCACGAUGAGCCGCAUGGCCUACUCACCGCACCCCUGGUGGUGGUCGAGAAGCCGGUGGCGAAGACCCAAGCAGAGGUGGCACCGGCGCCGGUCCUGACGCCGAAGCCUCUCGGCUCGGUGUCCCUGGGGCUUGUGGAAGCUACGUCCGUCUUAAGCAUCGCGCUGCCCAUGGUCCUCACUGGGCUGCUUCUCUACUGCCGUUCCAUGGUUUCCAUGCUCUUCCUCGGCCGGCUCGGUGAUCUCGCCCUCGCCGGUGGCUCCUUGGCCAUCGGUUUCGCCAACAUCACCGGUUACUCCGUCCUCUCUGGUCUGGCGAUGGGCAUGGAGCCUAUCUGCGGUCAGGCUUUCGGUGCGCAGCGCCACCGACUCCUUGGCCUCGCUCUCCACCGGACCGUUCUCCUCCUCCUCUCUGCCUCUGUCCCCAUCGCCCUCCUAUGGUAUUACAUCCGUCCUCUGCUCCUCCUCGUCGGCCAGGAGCCAGCUCUUGCCGCCGCCGCAAGUUCUUACCUCCACGCCUGCCUUCCUGACCUUCUCCUACAGUCGUUUCUCCACCCUCUCCGCAUUUACCUCAGGACCCAGUCCAUCACGCUCCCGUUGACUGUGUGCGCGGGGCUCGCCGUCGUCCUCCACCUACCCAUCAACUACCUCUUGGUCUCAGUUCUCCGCCUUGGCAUCGGCGGCGUCGCCUUGGCCUCUGUUCUGUUUAACUUCAACGUGGUAGUGUUUCUUAUUGGUUACGUCUACUUCUCCGGUAUCCACCGUAGCACCGGUGGACUCAGCUUCAGCUCCGAGUGCCUUAAAGAAUGGAGGUCGCUUCUGAACCUCGCCGUCCCCAGCUGCAUCUCGGUGUGCCUGGAAUGGUGGUGGUACGAGAUCAUGAUCAUCUUGUGUGGUCUUCUCUUAAACCCACAGGUCACUGUUGCUUCCAUGGGCAUUCUGAUCCAGACCACCUCACUCCUCUACAUUUUCCCAUCGUCUCUAAGCUUUGGCGUGUCGACACGGGUCGGCAACGAGCUCGGCGCGAAUCGUCCCGACAGAGCGCAGCGGGCCGCAACCGCCGGGUUGUCAUGCAGUUUCGUUGUCGGCCUCCUCGCGUUGGGAUUCGCUUUCUCGGUGCGCCACGUGUGGGCCAGGAUGUUCACCGGCGACCCAGCUAUCCUCGAUCUCACCGCGUCGGUGCUACCGAUCCUUGGCCUGUGCGAGCUCGGAAACUGCCCGCAGACCACCGGGUGCGGGGUGUUGAGAGGAAGCGCCCGACCCAAGCUCGGCGCGGACAUAAACUUGGGCUCAUUCUACGCCGUCGGCAUGCCGGUAGCUGUCGGGCUGGCGUUCUGGACGCCGCUCGACUUCAGGGGCCUCUGGCUGGGGCUGCUCUCGGCGCAGGCCACCUGCGUCGUGUUAAUGCUCGUCACCAUCGACAGCACCGAUUGGGAUGCGCAGGCCGAGCGGGCGCAGCUGCUCACCGGCGCUGCCAUCGACGAGGACUACAAAGAAUCAUUGCCAAAGACUAAUAAUCCAACAGGAGGAGACGACACUGAUGUCAUCGUAAAGAUUGAGCGAUGAGUCGCCCCCCCAUCGUUCCUUUUUUUCCUCUUUUCUCCAAUUUUCGUCUUUUUCCUGAUGUAACGAAAAACAAAACUACAGAGCACGCAGUAUUUUUAGGUUGCAUGUGAGAUUGUACACUAUUUUUAUGAGAUUCGGCAAUUCUUCAUCCA